ACUGGAUGAGUGUGGCUGCAUCAGCAUCACUAGCUGUAGCAUCUUGAAGCUGACGUGUGGCUUGUGGCUCCCCAUAGCAUCUCCAUUGACUAUACAUAGAGGAGGGGUGGAGGAAAAACAGAGCGCACGCAUGACGCUUUUGCAAGCCUGGGGGAGAUAGUCUGGGGGCUAAAACGGGGCUGGGGGGGAACGCGGGCAAGAAGAAACCGGGAGGUGGGGGGGUGGCCACCGGUAGCAGCAGCAGUGUAGCAGCAGCUGUAGCAGCAGCGGCACCAUGGCGCAAGCCGCCAAGCAGCUCCGCAAGACCAAGGACCUCGCCGAGGCCGCCGCCCAGGAGCAGCGGGAGAAGGAGGAGCAGAAGAUCAAAAAGAGGAACCGAUCUAGGGAUCGCAGGCGCAAGGCUGACACAACCACCAGCUUCCUGCGCGCCGCUCGCUCAGGCAACCUGGACAAAGCUCUGGAUCACAUCAAGAAUGGAAUAGACAUCAAUAUAGCGAAUCAAAACGGUCUCAACGGCUUACAUCUGGCCUCGAAAGAGGGUCACGUGAAAAUGGUCCUGGAGCUCCUUCACUCGGGCAUCGAACUCGAAGCCACCACCAAGAAAGGCAACACUGCUCUCCAUAUCGCGGCGCUGGCGGGCCAGGAGAAAGUGGUGGCUGAGCUGGUCAAUUAUGGCGCAAACGUUAACGCCCAGUCACAUAAAGGGUUUAGUCCUCUCUACAUGGCAGCACAGGAAAAUCAUCUCGAGGUGGUCAAGUUCCUGCUUGAGAACAGCGCCAAUCAGAGUCUGCCCACCGAGGACGGCUUCACCCCUCUGGCGGUGGCCCUGCAGCAGGGCCAUGAAAACGUUGUAGCACUGCUCAUUAACUAUGGCACCAAAGGCAAGGUCCGCCUCCCUGCACUGCACAUCGCUGCCCGAAAUGACGACACGCGCACCGCCGCUGUGCUCCUGCAGAACGACCCGAAUCCUGAUGUUCUCAGCAAGACUGGUUUCACCCCUCUACAUAUCGCAGCCCACUAUGAGAAUAUGAGCGUAGCCCAGCUGCUACUUAACAGAGGAGCCAACGUUCACUUCACCCCGAAGAAUGGCAUCACACCACUUCAUAUCGCCUCCAGGAGGGGCAAUAUGAUGAUGGUCAGACUCCUGCUGGACAGAGGGGCCCAGAUAGAUGCCAAAACAAAGGAUGAAUUGACUCCGCUUCACUGUGCAGCUCGAAAUGGACACGUUCGCAUCAUUGAGAUCCUGCUGGAACACGGUGCGCCCAUCCAAGCUAAAACCAAGAAUGGUCUGUCCCCCAUCCACAUGGCAGCUCAGGGGGAUCACAUGGACUGCGUUAGACAGCUACUACAAUACAACGCCGAGAUCGACGACAUCACGCUGGACCAUUUAACCCCUCUUCAUGUAGCGGCCCACUGUGGUCACCAUCGCAUGGGCAAAGUUCUUCUGGACAAGGGGGCCAAAGCCAAUGCUCGAGCUCUGAAUGGAUUCACACCACUCCAUAUUGCAUGCAAGAAGAACCAUAUGCGCUCAAUGGAUUUGCUGCUCAAACACUCUGCUUCCCUCGAAGCCGUCACAGAGUCUGGCCUCACUCCUCUCCAUGUAGCAGCUUUCAUGGGUCACUUGAACAUAGUGAAGAACCUGCUCCAGAGAGGGGCUUCACCUAAUGCUUCCAAUGUGAAGGUGGAGACCCCCCUCCACAUGGCCUCCAGAGCAGGACACUGUGAAGUUGCCCAGUUUUUGUUGCAGAACUCAGCACAAGUGGAUGCUAGGGCUAAGGACGACCAAACCCCCCUUCACUGUGCGGCUCGAAUGGGACACAAGGAGCUGGUCAAGCUACUUCUUGAACACAAGGCUAACCCUGACUCGUCCACCACUGCAGGGCACACUCCCUUGCACAUCGCCGCACGGGAAGGACACAUCCACACGAUUCGCAUUUUGUUGGACGCUGGAGCACAGCAGACCAAAAUGACUAAGAAAGGCUUCACGCCCCUCCACGUGGCCUCUAAAUACGGAAAAGUAGACGUAGCGGAGCUCCUUCUUGAGAGAGGUGCCAAUCCCAAUGCGGCGGGCAAGAAUGGUCUGACAGCCCUGCAUGUGGCAGUUCACCACAACAACCUGGAUGUUGUUAAGCUCCUGGUCAGCAAGGGAGGAUCCGCACAUAGCAACGCUCGGAAUGGUUACACUCCUCUCCAUAUAGCAGCCAAACAGAAUCAGAUGGAAGUAGCCAGUUGCCUGCUGCAGAACGGGGCAUCGCCCAAUGCCGAGUCCCUCCAAGGCAUCACGCCCCUGCACUUGGCCUCACAAGAGGGACGGCCCGACAUUGUGGCUCUACUCAUCUCCAAGCAAGCGAACGUAAAUCUAGGAAACAAGAAUGGAUUGACCCCUCUCCAUCUGGUGGCGCAAGAGGGCCACGUGGGCAUUGCCGACACGCUAGUCAAACAGGGAGCGUCUGUUUAUGCUGCUUCGCGGAUGGGUUACACACCCCUUCACGUGGCCUGUCACUAUGGUAACAUCAAAAUGGUCAAGUUCCUGCUGCAGCAGCAGGCGCAUGUGAAUAGCAAAACACGGAUGGGCUACACACCGUUGCACCAAGCAGCUCAGCAGGGUCACACCGAUAUUGUCACCCUGCUGUUAAAACACGGGGCCCGGCCCAAUGAGAUUACGUCGAAUGGGACGUCUCCACUGGGCAUCGCAAAACGUCUUGGUUACAUCUCUGUCAUCGACGUGCUUAAACUGGUGACUGAGGAAUCCGUCUCAGCGAUCACCAUCGAAAAGCAUCGGAUGAGUUUUCCUGAGACGGUGGAUGAGAUUUUGGACGUCUCCGAGGAUGAAGGGGUCGCCCAGCUAACGUUAGGCGACGAGUUGCUCGGAAUGGACGGAGCGCGCUAUUUGAAGCUUGAUGAUUUCAAGGAUCAAGACGAUGACUUCCUCUCUCCUAAGAAGACGCUUAAAGAUUUUGAAGGUGGUGUGGGGACCACUCCCUACUCUCCCGCCAUUCCCAGGAUCCCUUGCGUGUCGCCGGAAACCGUUCUUCUCGAUCAGCACACCCCCAUUCCGCUGCCGAAGGAGUAUGACGAAGACUCUCUUAUCCCGAGCAGUCCAGCCACAGAAACCUCAGACAAUGUCAGCCCUGUGGCCAGCCCCAUUCACACUGGCUUCCUGGUGAGCUUCAUGGUAGACGCCCGCGGAGGCUCCAUGCGAGGCAGCAGACAUCACGGCCUGCGAGUGAUCAUCCCUCCUCGGACCUGCGCCGCACCGACACGCAUCACCUGCCGCCUGGUCAAACCCCAGAAGUUGACCACACCCCCUCCACUGGUGGAGGGCGAGGGCCUUGCCAGCCGUAUCAUCUCGCUGGGUCCGUCCAGCAUGCAGUUCCUUGGGCCAGUUAUCGUGGAGAUCCCACACUUUGCCUCACUGGCUCGAGGGGACCGCGAGCUCGUGGUCCUCCGUAGUGAGAACGGCUCCGUCUGGAAAGAACACCGGAAUCGCUACGGCGAUGAAGUGCUGGAAACCAUCCUGAAUGGCAUGGAUGAAGACCUCGAAAGUCAAGAGGAGUUGGAAAAAAAACGGAUUCGUCGGAUCAUCUCCACUGACUUCCCACUGUACUUUGCCGUGGUUUCCCGCAUUCAGCAAGAGAGCGAUCUGAUUGGUCCAGAGGGCGGUCGUCUGAGCAGUAAACUGGUGCCCCACGUUGAGGCCAUUUUUCCCGAGACGGCUGUCACCAAAAGAGUGAGACUGGGACUGCAGGCCCAGCCCAUCCCCGAUGAGUUGCUGACUCGACAACUCGGCAACCAGGCGACCUUCAGUCCCGUGGUCACAAUCGAACCACGCAGGCGCAAAUUUCACCGUCCAAUCGGACUGCGUAUUCCGCUCCCGCCGUCCUGGCGUGAGAGCCCUCGUGAUGCCGGCGAGGGUGACACCACCAGCCUGCGCCUCCUCUGCAGUGUCAUUGGUGGGACAGCACCUGCUCAGUGGGAGGACAUCACCGGAACAACCAAGCUGAUGUAUGCAAACAGCUGUGCCAAUUUUACAACGAACGUCUCUGCAAGGUUCUGGCUCGCAGAUUGUCCCCGCACGGCAGAGGCCGUGACCUUCGCCAACCUUUUGUACCGGGAACUGAUGGCCGUGCCUUACAUGGCAAAGUUUGUCAUCUUUGCAAAGAUGAACGAGGCGCGGGAAGGACGCCUGCGUUGUUACUGCAUGACCGAUGACAAGAUGGACAAGACGCUGGAGUUGCACGAAAACUUCACCGAAGUGGCACGGAGUCGAGACAUCGAGCUAAUGGAGGGUAUGCCGCUGCAUCUGGAAUGCUCCGGGAACCUGGUGCCAAUCAGGAAAGCCACACAGCAGCCUCGCACCUUCAGCUUCCAGGCCUUCAGGGAUAACCGGCUGCCCGUUUCUGUCAAGGUCAGAGACAGCAACAAGGAUGCCACAGGGUUUUUGUCCUUCCUGCGAAAGUGCACCAAGUAUGAGGAUGCUCAGCAUGUGCUAUGCAACCUCAACAUAGCAAUGCCACCCUGCAUCAAGGUUGUCGGAAGUGAAGAACGCAGGAGAACUUUAACACCUCUCGCCCUGAGGGAGCGCUACAGUGCUCUGAAUGAGCCCAGUUUGGCCACAGUGAAUGCAAUGGAAAGGACUGAGGUCAAGAUCAACAUCAUAUCGGAGCAACUGGGUUUAAGUUGGGCAGAGUUGGCACGAGAGCUUCAGUUUGGCGUCGAUGACAUCAACAGGAUCCGCGUGGAGAACCCCAACUCUCUGCUGGACCAGAGCCUCGCCUUGCUCAACCUCUGGGUUGCUAGAGAGGGCAAGAGGGCAAAGAUGGAGAGUCUGUACACUGCUUUGAAGAACAUUGACCGUGCAGACAUCGUAAGCUCCCUGGAGGCUCAGGCUACACAACUGGCGCCCGGCUCUUCAGAGGAGGGCGCUUGCCGACUGGGCGAUCGAGACUCCACCUUGCUGUCGCCCGGUACCAUCAAUGAGGUUACGGACACAAGGCCAUCGCGCCUGGUGCACAAGCCACGAGUUAUUAGACCCCCGUUUUUCAGGAGGGGUUAUGGGCUGGUUCAGGAGGAGCUGCUGUCUCCGGCCUCCAUGCAAUACAGUUUGCCUUCUCCUCUUGGUGCAGAGCCCUACUGGCAGGAAGUAUCCAGUCUGGAGUGCGCCCCCAUCGCCGCCACAGAAGAAGACACUUUGAUGGAGAUGUCGGACGUCCACGUGUGGCCAACGGGGCUCAGCCCCUCGCUGGUUACGGUGGAAGACUCUUCUUUGGAUGGCAGCAGCCGAGCGGACGACUCGGAGGGCGCCACGCUCUCCCUUCCCUGCAGUUUGGGCCGCCCGAGCAGCGGAGCGAGCGGGGCGAGCAGCUCCCUCAUGGAGCUGGAGGAGGAAGAGGAGGAGGAGGAGGAGGAGGAAGGGGAGGUUGAGGAGGAGGAGGCGCCACUGGAGCCAGUGGGCGCGCUGGCGGAAAGGGACCGGGUCAGAGCCAGUGGCGCCGUUCCCAAGGUCAACUUGAAUGGCCAGCUGGGAGGUCAGAGGUCGGACGGGAGGAGAGGGGAAGCUCCCGCGAGGGGAGGAGGAGCCAAAAGAGGCGGGGCAGGGCUUGGUUCAGUGGAAGGCAUUUGUGUUGUUACAGGCCAGCAGAUGUACGCUGAGGCGUCUCCGUUGAGUCGAGUGGGCGAGCACAAUGGAGACAACCGGUUGGUUGGGGGCGGAGCUUUUCAACCUUACCUACCUGACAAGGAUUCCUUGCAGGGCUGGGUGGGCUCAGUAUCAACGGGACGGAACAAGAGCGCGCCAGGCCUGCACGCCGCCCAGGAGGCUCUGCUGACUCCGGUGUGUGACACAGCUUACUCACAGGUGCUGCGUGAGCACCUCCUGCGGGGCAAGGGGCUGGGCUUCUCUUACCGGCAGACAGGGGAGCGUGCGUGGGAACAGGAGUGGAGGCGGGGCAAGAGAGAGGAGAAAGACGACUGUGCUGCUGACGAACGCGGGAGCACUCUCAAUCGAAAGGUGGGGGCGGAUGUGAGAAGGGCCGCUCAGUCGGUGCAGCGCACCAGUCUUCGGAGGGUUAAACACUGAAACACAACACACACAACCUGGUCCACGAGGACAAGAGAGCCACCGCCAAAGCUUCCUCCACAAAACCAUGUCCAGAGCGCAAAGGAAAGUGAUCGACGGGACAGAGUCUACCAAAAUGACAAACAUGGAAUUGCCCUCAACAUGUGACAUACUUCCAGAGGAAAGAAAAAAGUGUUCAAGACCUCGACUUGUAGUUUUAUAUCAUUUGUAAAGUCUCACUAAAACGAAAGCAUGAGCAUUUUUGUCUACAAAACAAUCCAAAAAAAACCCCAAAAAACAACAACACAAAUGUCACUGAACUACGACAACAAAAAGUGCUUCCUGUGAACUGUAAAUGCAUGAUGACUGCUGGUGCAUGACUUCCACCUUUUGAACUGUCAUUAUCUACAAGCUAAAGAGGGCCAGCCUAUGCUUAGGUCCUGUGACCUUUUAAAGACUCAAUUGCCCCGCGCAGGUUGACCCCAGUAACACUGCAGCCCCAAAAAAGGAGUAAUUCCCCCCCACUGCUCCAACUGACGGCCUCUUGCUGAGCCUACCAAUGCUUCUUUCAAUAGAGCCUUUAUGUUCUGUGCGCUUGUAAAUAUGCACUCUGAGCUUUGUGGAUGUGUGUCGCCGUGCGUAUGUGUGGGGUGGCUUUGCUAACGCAUGCCUUCCUUGCUUCUGACCGGGCGAUGAGCCCUUCCCCCUGAUUGGCUCAAAGGCCCUGUGAUGUCAGCACUUGGAAAGAGAGCGCCUCGGUGCACUCCUGCUUUUGAGUGUCCCGUCUUUGUGUGCUGAAUUGGCCUCACCUUGCUGCUUUUGUUAUUGUUGUUUUGCCCAGCGAAAAAAAACACAAUCUUUUAGUUUCUUAAGAGCUGUGGCCGAACCCUUUUUCUGUUGAACGGGUUGUUCACUCUUCAUAACGCAGAGCAUAACUUUUUCCAUUCUGAUGGCCCUUCUUCAACCUGGCUGACAUAAUUUCUCCAAAAGCAGUAGCCUCACUUGAUAUGCAGAAUACUUUUCCGCACCGACCGCAGGAUGCGAUGAUUUCCAAUCUUAGAAAUGAAAAUAUGAAGUACAGUGCAGUAUUGUGCUACUAUGACGUGUGAUUGUGCAGGCAGCACUGUGAUUGUCAACAUUCUCCCCGUCCCCAGGCCCUUAAAGUCGUAACAAUCUAAAGCACACACAGUCAAGAUGCUUACAGACAAGCAGACCACAAGCAAUAAAAUCCAAAAAGCGCGAGGGGUACCACUAGGAAGUUCUGCACAGAUACACAUUGGAGGGUUUUUUGUUUUUUUUUCACCUUCUAGAUAACACAAGAUCCUGCGUGCUGUGUCGACCUUGAUGUGAGUGAGUCAGCGAGAAAACGCUGACACAGGAUCGUCCAGUGUGAUAUCAGUGUGGGACUGUAGACGCCUGAGAGAUUUGCAUUUGUAUUUUACAACAUUUAUCAAAUCAAGCAGUGUUGUGUUGCAGUAUCCUAUCCAAUGAAUGUGUAUCAUUUGUCGGGUUUUGUCUUUAAGUGGGAGCCUGUGGGUUGAGCGCAGUGGUGGAGAACCUUUUUUUUCUGAUGGUUUGGUCAGGGGACGUUUUAUCCAUUUGAGGGGGUGAAUCACGGUUGCGCAUGAAAAAGUCAUAAAGAACCAUGCCUGAAAUUGAACUGAGGUCGGACAUUGGCUGUAUCCAAAUUCAUAGGCUGUGUCCACCAAUGCCUGAAUUUGUCGGGAACUUGACGUAACUCAAAUCUUUGUUGUUUUUUUUUUAUUAAUGCAGAAGCCUGACGUUGUCAUGUCACGGUAGCAUGCAUGCGCUGACCAUGAAAACACAAACUAUGUAUCCCAUAAGUACUGUAAGUGCUACUGUAGCCUGAAACUGACUGAACGAAUGAGUUCAUUAUUUUGCACGCAUUUCACACAUUUUUACAUGGCCAGUGCAUGGACUAUAUUUGCCACAUAUCACGUUUUCCACUGGUAACGCCACUCAGGUUUUUAUUUCAGAAACUAUGAAAUGUUUUUAUUUUGUGCAAGGCCCUACUCUGUGAGAUGAUUGAUUGAGAGCUGUAAGUAUUUUGGGGUGUGAGUGACUAUUUUGUCUUUUUGUUUAGUUUUUUUUUUUUUUUUUGGCCAGGGAUAUAGGUGAAAUAUGAAGCUUGAUGUGGAAGAACACAAUUUUUAAGCAGGCAUGUCACUUGAAAAGGUAGCAAAACGCCCGAUAAUGUAUUUUAAAGAGUACUGUAACAUGUAAACCGACGAGAAGAAGAAUAGAUCUCACCUAUACUCCUUUAGAAUGGAUACAUGACAAUGUAAACGCAAUAUCAUAUUACUCUAUCCUAAGGAAUGCAACUGCACCCAUGCACAAGAAAAGAUGUUUUUAUGAAAAUAUGUGUAUAAAAUAUAUAAGACAAAAUAUAUUUCAUUAGAAUGCUAUGCACCCUCAUAGAGUUGUUCUGGAUGUUCUUUCAGCAUUAUCUAGUUAGCCGAUGCCCACAUGAUGGGGAAUGUAGAGGCUACGUAGCAUUGUCCACUUUUUUCUUUUCUAUCUGUCCAAAAGAAGAAAAAAACAACAACAAAAUGUAUACAGGACUUUUAAUCAGAUUUGUUCUGACUUAAAAAUAUGUAUAGAUCAUCUUACCCUGUACACCAGCUCAAACCAUUUACAAGACUUAAUAAACAAAGAUGUGACAUAA